AUGGCCGCGGCGUCCCGCUGCGGAAGGGGCCUUCAGCCGCCCUUCCUGCUCCUGCUGUCCUGUUUGGGCGCCCUCUGGGCGGAGGGCGCGGAGGGGAGGCCGGUUGCCGUCGUCCUGCCCGUGGUGUCCACGUCCAGACUGAGGGUGGACCAGGAAGGCCUCAAGAUCCUCCAGAACAUUGAAGGACCAGUGGCCCCUGUGGUGGUCAUCGGCCCCUACAGAUCUGGAAAGUCAUUCCUACUCAACCAGCUGCUCAACGUCUCCUGCGACUCAGGCUUCGGCGUUGGCCACACUCGCAACACCCAAACAAAGGGAAUAUGGGUUUGGAGUUCCCCUGUGAAGGUGCCCACAAGGGACGCCAUCCCGCUGUCAGUCGUCUACAUGGAUACAGAAGGGUUUGAGAGUGCCGGCAAGUCUGAUUCAUAUGAUGACCGUAUCUUUGCCCUGAGUGCAAUCAUGAGCUCCGUACUGAUUUACAACUUGCCUGAAACUGUGCGAGAAUCGGACGUUGAAAAGCUGUCUUUUGCCAUUGAGCUGGCCAGUGGACUGUACAACACACAAGGCAGUGCCAGCAACCAUCUGCUUGUUGAGCCAGGCAGCAUGAUCUGGCUCAUCCAGAGAGACUUUUUGACGGGUAAGACAGUCCAGCAGAUGGUCGAUGAGUCACUGGCACAAGUGGACAACCCUUACCAUGACAAGGACAUCGAUCAGAUCAACCGCAUCCGGAAAUCCCUUUCCCUUGUAGCUCGCAACAGCACUGCCUUUGGCCUGACGCAACCCCACUUGAAUCGGACUGGUUUGUGCAGCAUGGGGGAUGCCAUGUUGGAUGAGGGGUAUGUGAGGCAAAAGGCACAGCUUUUGCAGCUGGUCAGGGACCUGGCAACUCCGAAGAUCAUGCAAGGGAGCAUCAUGACUGGGAAGCGACUUGCAGAGUUGAUCGAGAGGGUCGUGGAAGCUCUCAACGAGCGAGACAUACCAUCAGUGACGUCGAUCGUGGACAGCUUCAACGCUGAAUUGGUGCACAAGUGCAUUCAGAUGUAUGUGGCGAACUGGGCUGAUUUCGACCUCCCUAAGGAUGAAGACAUCCUCGGGGACAUCCAUGCAACUUUCCUACAGUCAGCGAUGGAGUACUACGAUUCUCACAGGUUUGGCUCGUCUGACGAGUUGAGGGAGGGGGGGAAUGUUCUCCGCGAUGGGCUUGCCAAGCAGUUGGAGAGGGAAUACGACACAAAGAGGACUGCCAACUCGCUCAAGUCUUUGGAGAUCUGUGAGUCGCUGGAGCGGGAGUGCGAGCAGACGCUGGAACGCCUGCAGGCCAUGAACCUUCCCUCCAAGAAGAAGUUUGUUGGUGAAUUCAGCAGAUGUGAAGAGCUGACUUUUGAUGCUGGGUGCAAGGGGCCAGCCCUGGCGAAGCAGAAGGCGAGGCUGCAAGCCGCGUGGAAGAGGGAGCUCGGGCGCUUCGAAAAGGACUACAACGAUCGGCUGUAUCUAGGAAUGGUCAUCGUGUCUUUGGCAGGAAUUGUUGCUUUCAGGUUCAUUUUCAAAGUGCAGGCCAUGGAGGGUGUGUGCUGGGUUCUGUUUGUGUUUCUGGAAGGCUAUCCUCGGCUAAUAGAAUCCCAGGCGGAAAUGUACUCCAGCGGCUGGUGGACUGCUGCAGUGAGGGUAUGGGAGUUUCUGGUGUAUAAUCUGGUCACCAAAUCGGGCUGUCUCAUGCUCGCCUGCUUCGGGUUGUUUUUCUUGUGGCGACUUGGGCUCCGAAUACGGAGAAGAAAAGGAGCCCCUAAGCGGGACAGCGGGCGUGAUUUGGACGUGUAA